AUGCCCAAAGCAGGUCAAUGGUGGUGGUAUCAGCCGAUAGGUCUUUCUUUCGGUUCGCAUGUACGCAAUUUACAUUCAUUUUUACAUGUCUCAUCAUUAGGUCUACAGCAAGAAGCGUUGGGAUUGCAAGUGCAGAUUCGUUCCCGUUCGGUGAUUGUUCGGAUACGCAAUAACAACCACGGCAAAGAUAGUUAG